UACCGCCUCUUGGCGGCGGCAGCGGAGCCACCAUGGCUGACGGCAGCGGCCCUGCCGAAGCGCCCAGUCCCCGGGGCUCCCCGGGCCGGGUGCUGCGGGUCCCGCGUGCGGUGGGCCCGGGAGGCGGCGGCGGCUGCUGCGGGGAGACGCCGAGGACGCCGGCGCUGGCGCUGCGCUUCGACAAGCCCAUCAAGCAGGCCUUCUACAACACGGGGGCCGUGCUGUUCGUGUGCCUGUGUUGCGGCGCCGCCGUGCUCGUCUACUUCAUCCUGGAGGCCUUCCUGCGGCCGCUGCUGUGGGCCGUGCUGUGCGGCACCUUCUUGCACCCCUUCAAGAGCUCGCUGACGCGCCUGGGCCGCCACUGGCUGCAGCGCCUGCACCGCGCGCACACGCCCAUCGUGCUGGCCGCGCUGCUGCUGCCGCUCUGCUUCGCCGACUACGGCGUCGAGGCCCUGGGCGAGCAGGCGCUGCGCCGCCGCCGCCUGCUGCUGCUGCUGGGCGCGGGCGGCCCGCUGCUCUACGGCCUCUACAGCCUCGGCAGCUACCUGGGCGUGCAGGUGCUGCUGGCGCACGUCGGCGCGCUCAUCUGCCGUGGGCUGGACUACUUCAGCAGCCUGUGGAUCUGGACGUUGGUAGUUGGCUAUGUGUUGACUGUUUCAUUCAAGUGGAAUGCAAGCACUGAACGCUACUUGAGAGCAGUUUCAAUUCCUGUCUGGAUUAUAUUGCUUUUUCAUUUAGCAUCCCUGGCUGGCUCAUGGAGAAUUCCAGUGUUCCUGGUUAUUGUUUUCCUGAUGUCUGUGGGCACCCUCUAUGAGAGACAGAAUGGAAAAGAGUCUUCUGGAGCAGAGUUACCAGGGCAGGUUAUUUCCAUGGCUGCUUCUACUCUAGCGACCUUGGCCAUCUCCAUUACAGGGUACGAAUCCAGCCCUGACGACCCACCCUCCGCCCAGCCUGCAGAAACCGUGGACGGAGGAGAGCCCCCUCCAGCAUUAUCCUCCUCUCCUGCACCUUCCACCCCUUCACCCACUCUGGGCAGACAGAGGCCUGAAAUGGGAACAUUUGUCAGGAAGAAGAAAACCAGCGACAUCUACUUCGUGUCCCUCUUGUGGGCCAUUAUUGGAGUCCAGCUCUGGCUGAACCUGUGGAUCGUACAGCUGCUGCCGGUGCCGAUUGCAGUCUGGAUCCUCAAAAAGCUCGUUAUUCACUUUGGAGUUGUGGACUUCCUGGAGAAACGCUGCCUGGUGUGGUGGCAGGCUGUGGAGCGCUUCCUCAGGGAGCGGCAAGAGGCUCUCGCCCCGUGGCCAGUUGUUGGGCUUGGAAAAUUCUUGUUAAAAGUUGAUAGCAAGCUCUGGCACUGGCUAAAUAAGAAGAUGAUCAUCUGGUUGGAGAAGAUGUUAGACAAAAUAAUAAGCAUUUUCAUCAUAUUUUUGUUAGUGAUAGGAACUCUUCUAUUAGCUCUACUCCUGACUGCAAAGGUGCAUCAAGAGAGUGUACACAUGAUUGAAGUCACAAGCAAUUUAAUUAAUGAGACUCUAGCAAAUCACCCUGAGUGGGCAAAUUGGCUUCCUGAGGCGCAAGUAGUCCAAAGAGCCCUCAAUUCUGCAGCUAACAAUGUGUACCAGUAUGGAAGAGAAUGGAUAACACACAAGCUUCAUAAAAUUCUGGGAGAUAAGGUGAACAAUACUGCUGUAAUUGAAAAGCAAGUACUAGAACUUUGGGACAGAUUGUAUCAUUCUUGGUUUGUAAAGAACGUAACGCACUCUGGAAGGCACAAAGGACAGAAGAUGCAUAUAAGUCGUCAGAAUAGCUGGCUGGGAGACAUCCUGGACUGGCAGGAUAUCGCUUCCUUUGUUCACGAGAACAUUGAGACAUUUCUUUCGAUCUUAGAGUCUCUGUGGAUGGUCAUGAGCCGGAACGUGAGCCUGCUUUUCACCACUGUCACGACGCUGCUGACCAUCCUCUUCUACAGUGGGACCGCCCUUCUCAAUUUCGUGCUGUCUCUGAUAAUUUUCCUGACCACACUAUUUUAUCUAUUAAGUUCCAGCGAUGAGUACUACAAGCCAGUGAAGUGGGUGAUAAGCCUGACACCACUCUCUCAGCCAGGUCCUUCUUCUAAUAUUAUUGGCCAGUCUGUGGAAGAAGCUAUCAGAGGGGUGUUUGAUGCUUCCCUCAAAAUGGCUGGCUUCUAUGGACUGUACACAUGGCUGACUCAUACCAUAUUUGGCAUCAAUAUUGUCUUCAUACCAUCAGCAUUAGCAGCAAUCCUAGGAGCAGUGCCAUUUCUGGGGACAUACUGGGCAGCAGUACCUGCAGUUCUAGACCUGUGGCUUACACAAGGCUUAGGGUGCAAAGCCAUCUUACUGUUGGUUUUUCAUCUCUUGCCAACAUACUUUGUAGAUACUGCCAUCUAUUCGGAUAUAUCAGGAGGUGGGCAUCCUUACUUGACAGGCUUGGCAGUGGCUGGCGGGGCGUACUACUUAGGCCUGGAAGGAGCAAUCAUUGGGCCCAUACUUCUCUGCAUACUCGUGGUUGCUUCCAAUAUCUAUAGUGCCAUGCUAGUGAGUCCCACGAAUUCAGUGCCCACGCCAAACCAGACCCCGUGGCCUGCCCAGACUCAGCGGACUUUCCAUGAUAUUUCUGAUGAUGCGAAAUCUUCAGUAGACUGACAUGGUUUGCACCACAGCGAUUUCUGUAGGAGGUUCAGUUUCUCACAGCUCAGCUGUGGCCUUCUGUCCUUUCAUCUGUGCCUAGCAAGCAGAGCCCAGGAAAGCAGCAGAACCCUCCUGGCCUUCCAUACAGAAUGCCUGGACAAGAGAGAACUUGCUGUGGGCUGCUUUGCCUUUUAAAGCACAGCUUUAGAACUCAGAAUUGUGGUUUGCUCACUUACCUGUUGCUAAGAUGGCUUGAAAAAAUUUCAGUUUAUACACUGGUAACUUGGCUCGAAAUUUCCCACUUUGGUUAUCUAUAUUAUUAUAAUAUGUAUUUAUAAAGGUAUUUUAAGAGUCCUGAACUACCUGCUGUUAAAAAUAUUCACAGUGUAAUUUUCUCCUGGUUUAAGAAAUCUGUUCUUAAACAUUUUUAUGACCGUCACUUUUUAAUGAAGAGGGUUUUUCACUUUUGAAUAUGUAGUUGCUUGAGCAGGAAAAGGGAGUCUUCUACCCUUCUACCUACUUCCCUCUGUAAAGUGUAAGGCCGGGUGGCUUAUUUGAAGGUCAGCGAGGUGUGUGUUGCAACCCCAGGAGACAGAGAAAAACAAGCUCUUCCUCCCUUUUGCCUCCCUCCAUCUGCCAUUAUACUAUUGCCAGAUUCUUAAAACUUGGUUGACCACUUUGAAGUAGAAUACUUACUAAGCUGCUGUUAAUGGUAACAAUAUGACAAUUCAUGUUGGGGUUCAGUUUUUCCAAAUGCUUUAAGCGAAAAAUCUCAGGAGUAGCAGUUCUCGGAGUUGUUAAAUAUAUCCGUGUGUACUUAUUUGGAAUUCUGCCAGUUAGUUACUUAUUAGCAGUAGAAUGUUACAUUUAGGUAGUAUUUUUCCAUCACUUAGCACAGUGCCUUGCACAUGAGACUCCAGAUGAAGGCGUGUUGAAGGAGGACUUGUUAAGUCUCCCACACAUCACAAUGACCAGCACAGUGCUUUGCGCGUUACAAAGUCAGGUUGCACACAUUCUUUCCCAGUCACUUCCCGGCAGCUUUCACACAGCGUUAUGUUUUUUAUAACACUUUCAUACAGGUGGGAAGCUUAAGGUUCAGAAAUGUUCAGUAAGUCUUUUACCUCAAAUCUUUCUGACUCUGUAAUCUGCAAACUCUGCCCUGUUGUCGCAUUUCUUCCCAUACCUUCUGCAGUCUUCCCAGUGCUUGUCCUACAGUUAAUGACAGGCUGGGACGGGAACCCAGCUCUUCGCGUGGUGCCCUUACCACUGUAGGAAACGAUCAUCGGGCUCUUUCUCCAUCCCCAGGGGAAUAUAGAGGAGAAAGUGUUACUGAAUGUCAAAGACUUCCCUUUGGAAAGCAUUUAAGAGUAGAAAUCAUUUUUUUCCUAAAUCAUCUUCUCCCUGAGAAGCACUGUCAGUGGUAAUUAGCUUAAAUUCAUCCUGGUAUCGCUCAAGAAAUUAACUCCCUAUAGGAAAGAGGCUACCAUGAGGGUUUUGACUGUUUAUACAGUAGACUACAUGCAGAUCUCUUGUUUUUACCAUCCCUCUACAAUUAUAAUCUAAUAUUACACCAAGUGUUCAUUUGGCCACUAACCAACUCCUUUUUUUCUUUAGACAGUUGUUGAGUCAUUCGUUCAGAAACACAUUCACUGAGAGUUGGCCUCUCUGGUUUCCAUGCCAACUGCUGUACAGAGGACAGCUCCUGGGAAUGCCUUCUCCCACCAUAAAUCUUAGCCAGAUCAUGUGCUUGCUAAAACUAUGAAUUUUGUAGUGAAAGGGUUAAAAAAGGAAUCAGGUUUGUUUUUGUUAAUUGUAUACUGGUAAGUUUAUAACUAUAAUUGGUACAUAUUCAUAAGAGGCAAGUAUUAAACACAGUGAGUUUAGUGUGCAUAUACAAAUUAUGUUCCUCCAAAGUGUUUUUAGCUGUAUAAAGUGAUACUGC